AUGGACUUUUGGGGGGGAGAGGGGGGAGACGGGCCCGAGACCUCGGCCGUCGAGGAACAGGGUGCGGCGGAGACGGGCUCGCCGGGCGGCAUUGUGGGCGGUGUGGCGGAUAACUUGGCCGGGGCAGCUGGGGGGCUCCUGGAUCCGAUCCUCGACCCUAUCGUCGGACCGACCGGUCUGCUCGGCGACGAUGAUGCCGCAGCGGUUACGACCGCGCCUGGAGACCAGGAUGCACCGGCUGUUACCGACGAGCCGGCUCCCGACCCGGAACCGACUCAAGCAGAGCCAACCCAAGCAGAGCCGACCCAGGAGCCUGAGGAAACCGCAGCACCAGAGCCGACCUCUGAGCCGGCUCCUGAACCCACCGAGAAGGUCACCACCCAGGAGCCCGCACAAGAAACCGAGCAGGCACCGCCGGCCCCGACUGAGGAUCAGUCGCCGCCAGGGGAUGAGCAGCAGCAACAGCCUGCCCCUGUCCUGUUCCGGCGGAUUCACAGCGCGGUGCAGCAGCCCGUCCCAGCGACUUCUACUGCGGUCGCAGCCCCAGUGGAAUCAUCUGGGAACCCAACCGUGAUUCCGGUAUCUAACCCGGGUGCCUCUUCUCCGGCGAGUGAAUCUCAAAUCGCAGCACCCGCGCCGGCGCGAACCAGCUCGCAAGACCCUUCCCGACCCGUGCAGUCCUCUACCCCUGACCGACAACAACAAAACCCGCAAUCGGACUCGCCCGAGCCCAUCCCCACACUUGUGACAGCCUCCGGAACGACCUUCAUGUCCGUCUUCAUCCCGCCCUCCCCAACCGGCCGUCUAGCGGUCAUCGACGGCGGGGACAACAACAACAACAACAACAACGGCACACCCAACAACAACAACAACAAUCCGGACAACGACCAGGCCAACCCCAACCCCAACAUCCUCUCUUCGACUCCGACACUUCCACCGACAAAACCAGCACCAACCCCCCCUCCCCCUCCCCCAACCCCAACGGCAUCCAAUCCACCACCUCCUCCCCCGACAUGCCGCUGCUCACCAAGAUCGGCAUCGGCGUCGGCGCCGCCGCCGGUUUUUAUCCUGCUGACCGUCAUCGUCGUCCUCGCCCUCUGGAAACGGCGCAUGGGCCGCGGUCCUGCCCGUCGGCGGGGGGAGGCGUAUAGCAAAGACCGCAUCGAUGAGGGGGGGUCGGCAGGAGGUUGGCAGUCCGGACGCCUCAAGAGAGGGGCCUAG